CUUCCGCGUCACAAGGUCCACUGUUCCACAGUCCUCGUCGCGACUCCCCGCUGCAAUGAGGAAAUGCUCCGGCGUGCUCCUCAUCCUCACCCUCGCCGCCCUGCUCCUCCUCUUCUCGCCGUCGCCCUCCCCCACCCCUCCGCCCGCCACUGCCGCGGCCGGCCCAGUGGCCCACCUCCUCCCCUCCCUCCCGGGCCUCUCCGUCCUCUACCCUCCCCCCGCCAACUCCACCGCCCACCUCUCCUGGCGUCUCCUCCGCCCGCUCCUCUCCCGCUCCGACGCGCUCCCAGGAACCGCCGCUGGAGUCCUCGAGGCUGCCGCCGCCUGGCGCAACCUCACCCUAGCCGUCGCCGAGGAGGGGCAGCGCUCCCAUGGAUCCCUCGGUCGUGGCGCAAGCUGCCAGGCGUCCGUGGAAGGGGAUCUGCACGAGGGGAAUGCCAGGAUCCCUUGCGGGCUCGCGGAGGGCUCCGCGGUGACGUUGGUCGGGGUUCCCAGGAUGGGGGCGGCUAAGUUGCGGGUGGAGAUGGUGGGUGCGAGCGGCGAGGUGGUGGUGCGCGUCAAUGUGAGCCUGGGAGCCGCGGGGAUGGUGGUGGAGCAGAGUUCUUGGACGCCCGAUGCGGGGUGGGAGGAUUGGGAGCGCUGCCCGCCGGUUGGUGAUGUAGGCAGCAGCAAUAUCAGCUUGCAGCCAAGUUUGACCAGUGCAGUUGAUGGGCUUGUUCGUUGCAAUGAGAAAGUGAGUGCCAGCAUCAUCCAGGCGAGUAACAAUACUGUGAUAAAUGUAACUGGGAACCAGCCUGAAGAUGGGAAGAGGCCAAAUGGACGUGCUCAUUUAAGUGACAGUUCCUCAAUUGUUGAAGGAGAGCCUUUUACAGUAACAUUAUGGGCCGGUGUAGAGGGGUUUCAUAUGACUGUAAAUGGGCGACAUGAGACAUCAUUUGUCUAUAGAGAGAGGUUGGAGCCAUGGUCGGUAACAGAAGUCAAGGUUUCUGGUGAUUUGGAGCUCUUGUCAUUCUUAGCAAAUGGAUUGCCAGUUUCAGAAGAUAUAGACAUGGCUAGUGUCGCACUUCUGAAGGCCCCACCUCUACCAAAGAAGCGAUUUUUUCUGCUGGUUGGUGUUUUCUCUACUGGAAACAACUUCAAGCGACGAAUGGCCCUGAGGCGAACGUGGAUGCAAUAUGAGGCUGUCCGCUCAGGCGAUGUGGUAGUCCGGUUUUUCACUGGUCUUCAUAAGAAUGAGCAAGUCAAUAUAGAAUUAUGGAGAGAAGCUCAAUUGUAUGGUGAUAUCCAAUUGAUUCCAUUUGUUGACUACUAUACUUUGAUCACUCUAAAGACCAUUUCAAUUUGCAUGUUUGGGACCAAAAUUGUUCCUGCAAAGUACAUCAUGAAAACAGAUGAUGAUGCUUUUGUUAGGAUAGAUGAAGUCAUCUCAAGCCUGAAGAAGAGCAACUCCGAUGGCCUUCUAUAUGGUCUUAUUUCUUUCCAGUCUUCACCACACAGAGAUAAGGACAGCAAAUGGUUCAUCAGUCGGAAGGAAUGGCCUUUCGAUAUGUACCCACCAUGGGCUCAUGGUCCUGGAUACAUAAUCUCACGUGACAUUGCAAAGUUUGUAGUCCGAGGUCAUCAGGAACUGACUCUUCAGCUAUUCAAACUCGAAGACGUGGCAAUGGGGAUUUGGAUCCAACAGUACAAGCAGAGCGGACAGCAAGUAAACAUUGUGACCGAUGACCGCUUCUACAGCGAAGGAUGUGAUGCUGACUAUGUCCUUGCCCACUAUCAGACCCCGAGGCUUAUGAUGUGCCUGUGGGAGAAGCUUAAGACGGAGUAUCAAGCUGUAUGCUGUGAAUAAUAUCCACAUCAACAUUUGCAAGUAGGAAAGUGAUAGAGGAAGUGCUAGGGUUAGUCUUGUUGUACAACACAGUUACUGGGAUUUUGACGCUUGAUGGGAAAUUGGUGGGAAUGCGUGUACCACUUGUAACAUUGGAUAUCUCUCGUUGUUUUGCUCUGGGUCAAUGGUCUCGGUUUUUUGAGCAAAAUGUUGAUCCACACAAUACGUUUCUAAAUGGGAGUUGUAAGACAUAUACUUGAGAAAUGAUCGCAGUCUGUUGUCCUUUAUGCUA